AUGAUCGCCAAGAAACCGUCCGUCCUCCUCGCCGCUUGCAACACCCUUCAAUCGAUUCCUACAGCCUCACAAUCGACGACGUCAUCAUGGCAAAGAGGCACACGACCAUCUCGAGGUGCAGCGAAGAAGGCAAAAGGAUACGCUACCAUUGCGGGAGAUGAGAGGCACAGUCACGAACAGCCUGAACGUCAAGAGAAUGGACAUGUCUGGCCGGAAACACCCAAAGGACGAGCCAGUCCGACUCCGUAUCAGAUCUUUGACCUGAAGCAAAAUGGUGUUUAUAGUAAGGCGAGGUACUACCAGCUUGUCAAAAUGUAUCAUCCAGACUUGAAUGGGUGUGCUAGCCAUGGUAUCUCAGACAAAGUCAAGAUGGAGAGAUACCGUCUCAUUGUCUCGGCUCAUACGAUCCUGUCCGACCCAGCCAAGCGCAGUGCGUAUGAUCGCUUCGGUGCAGGCUGGGAUGGAAGAGCAGAGACUGGAGAACGAUCUUCAUCAUCACACCCUGCAGGUCCAUUCAGUCAUAGCUACGGAAAUCCAAACGACCCAAUAUGGAACAAUGCGACCUGGGAAGAUUGGGAACGAUUUUACCAACGACGAGAAGGGACCUACCCUGAAAAGCGAGCACCCGUAUAUAUGGCCAACUCAUACUUCCUGGCGUUGAUCGUGGCAUUGGCGAUAAUGGGCAGCUCGUUGAAUGUCAAUCGCGCGAAAGAUGCUGGACAUUAUAUCGUGGAGCAGCGGGACAUUGUACAUGAUAGAGCUGCAAAAGAGCUGAGGAGGGUGAGGCAGGAAGCGUCGACGUUAUCGUCGAGACAGGAUAAGAUAGACUUCUUUGUGCGGCAAAGAGAGGCUACGUUGGCCACGACAGGCGAUUAUGAAAGCCUUCGGGAGGAAAGGGCGAACAGGAUACUUGCAGACCGAGAAGUCUGUCGGAGCGAAGGCACAAGCCAGCAGGAUGGCGAACGAUCGCCUUAA